GUGUUAUCAUGCAGUGUCAGAAACAGCACUAGCAAAUGAACAUUUGUGAUGACUCUUCUAACAAGUUUUGGAGUUAUUCUCUAAUUAGGACAUCCGAAUACUUUUAACGAUGGCUGAUUCAGGCUCAAAUGAUAGCAGUGGUCAACGUGUCCCAACCCCUGGAGGGAGUGGCAGGGGCCUUGUGAUGGGUCGCCGACCAUCGGCUCCUGGCCGUCUCCCCUCAAUGCGUUCUAGAGACCUCACCCUUGGGGGAGUGAAGAAGAAAACGUAUGCGCCCAACAUUAUUGGCCGAAAAGCAAAAGAAGAACCAAAAGUUGAAGUUGGGCAGAGAAGAGAAAGGAAGGAUGUGGAUCGGGGCCGAGGUCCCAGAGAGAGAGGAAGGGGCCGGGGUCGCCCUGAGGUCAUCCAGUCCCACUCUAUUUUUGAACAGGGACCUGCAGAGAUGAUGCUGAAAAAGAGAGGUGGCUAUGAAACUGAGAGAGAUGCUCCGAGCAUUGGACCUUCACCCAUCAUCAAUAUCAAAAAAGAGAAGAGAGAGACUGAGGAGGAGACCAAAGAGAUUCUACGUAAGCUGGAACGAGACAAUUUUAUAGAUGAUCCUUUCUUGAGGAGUGAGCAGAGUAGCUGCCCUGUCCAGCUUCCUCUUGCUGUAUCAGGAUGGGGAUUCAGAGAGGAAUUUAAUGCUGCUACUGUUAAAAUUGAGAAGAUAGAGGAGGAUGGUGAACCCAUGGAACCUGCCGUAGAAGUGAAACAGGAGCCAGAGGAAACUGAAAUAAAGAAGUCGGAGGCUUUUUACAAGAUUCCCCCUAUUCCGGAGCCUGAAGUUCUGCCUGACCUGCUGCAUAGGUGGAGUCUAAGCAAAGGGGAGGAGCUGUUCUUCAUGCAGCUGCCUGACUCGCUCCCGGGCCAGCCACCCACUGUAGAACACAGGCCGGUGAAAACUGAGGUGCAGUCAGAAGACGGGCAGUCGGUACUUCUGAAGACAGAGUCUCAGGAAGAGCCAGCUGAAGAAAAUACUUGCAAUCUGAAAGAUCUGCGGGAGGGUCUUGUAGGAAAGAUGCUGGUGCGGAAGUCUGGCCGGGUACAGCUCAUACUGGGACAAGUGACGCUCGAUGUGUCUCUAGGAGCAUCAUGCUCCUUCCUUCAGGAACUGGUCUCUAUUGGUGCAGAGGGACGAACGGGCGACUUGACUGUAUUAGGGAAUGUUAAACACAAAAUGGUUUGCUCACCAGACUUCGAGGCUCUACUAGAGAGCAGCGCUUGAUGCUCUUUAGCCUCCUCAAGCCGACAGAUGCAUCCAGUUGUGGUGCGUUGUGGUGUUGACAAGGUGUUCACUGUUACUAUGGACUGUAUCACUGAAAUUUGACAUCCAAUACAAUACCAAUGGCAUGAAAGUGGCUAUAAUAACAUUCUAAAAUACACUAUAUAUAAAUCUGAAACAAGACUGUUUAUAUUUUUCUUUUUGUGGAAUAGGCAUAUUAAUUCAGGGUUCAGAUGUUGAAUGGUGUGCCAAAUUUCAGUAUUUUUUUCUUUUCUCUAUAUCUGAAAUGACUUG